CAGUGUCGUGCUACCGUCGGGGAAACUCGGUUGAUUGUUCGUCGUUCGCUCGUGCAUCCCGUGCGCCCGCGUUGUCGAUCGAACGCAUGAAUAUUUUUCUAUUUUUUCCCUCGUUAUCAGCAUUCGAAAAACGAGGUAAAUCGUCGACGUUUGUUAAUAUUUAACAUUAAUCAAAUUUAUGAAUUUAUUAAAUUUCUUCGAUUUGUUUACAUUCGUACUGUGACUACCACCUACCUAUUAUAUCAUCAUUGUUUUAAGUUAUUUUUGAAAUAAAUUUAAUAUAAACAUUAAUGUAAAUAAUUUCAUCUUAUACCGUGCACAACAUAUUGUGAAUCAAUUGUUUUUAAUCCUGCAGUAUUUAUACCGUCUGCUGUUGCCGUCCAUUCCUGUGGAUAAAAAAUGUGAAGUGUGAGUUAUAUCAAGAUAUUUUGCCAAGUCAUUUGGCCCGCACUAUGUUUCUCGGAAUGGCUUUAGAAGUUCGGAUUUCCAGGUGAAAUGGUAUCCCUUUGGAGUGUAAAAUUCUUAUCUUGGCAACAUUCCAAUUGAUUGGGAAAACUAAGUUGAUUGCUCAAAAGAUUUGAAAUAAAUUCAAGUCAGUUAUGUAUUGUUUGAGAACAAGAACAUGAAGUGGCAAAAAUCUAAAUACAAAAGAUUGUUCAUGAAGAGUUCAAUAUAAAACAGUUAUUGAAUAUUUUUUCGGUCGACGCACGGGACAACUGCGGUGGCUGGGCCGCGGUCGUGUUGGCCGUAUAAGAUGGUCAUUUGUACGCGGUACGGAUGAUGAAUGACAACGGAGAACCACGAGACGGAGGCGUUGGUGGUUGUGGACGGGAUGUGGCCAUCAACUACAAGACGAGAAAGCGGCCGGUGGACGUGGCCGCGGUGUACACGAUAACGGGCACUGACGUGAACCCGCACGAUGAGUCGUGCACGUGUUGUCCACCAUCGGUCGGCAGUGGUCUCAGAAGCAGGCAGCAGCAGCAGCAGCAGCAGCAGCAGCAGAGGCGUAGGCCACGGACGUGGACAAGCGGUACAGCUGGCGGCGGGGUAGGAAUCUCCAGCCUGACCCGGAGUCGGACGUUCACGAGUAACUAUGAACGGGCGAUCUCGUCGCUGUUGUGGCAGCCGUACGAGUGCCGGUCAUCGAGCAACUCACUCAACGACGACGGCGACGUGGCCGUGUGGCUGAACGCCACCGGCCGGUACGAACCGCUGUCCAGUCGGUCUUCACUUAGCCUGUCCACCAUACCAAGGUCGGCCGGUUCGUGUUCGUCGUCCGUGUGCCGUCUGCUGGACGAUGGUGGCGGCGGUGGCGGAGACAAGACGCCGCCGCCGUGCUGGUGUACCGCGGAAACCACGGCCGUCGUCGCCGGUGACCCAAAUAACGAUGCGUUGGUCGCUGCGGCGGCGUCGGGACGAGCGACAACCGGUUACCGGUGUUCGCCGCGUGGAUCGCUGUUGCAACACCGAGGCACCGUCGCCGCCGCGGCACUCGGUGAACGGUCGUCGCGUUCACGUUCCGCGACAGCCGUUCAGUCAAACGUACAGCGCCCGCCGUCGCGUUUCGUGCCGCCGCGUUGUGUCAGUGCCGGUGACUGGUGUUGUGAUAGCGAAGACGUCGACGUCGACGACUACGACGACGACGACGGCGACGACGACGACGACCUUUACUAUUACGAUUACAGGGAGGACCGUGAGGAUAACGACGUCGCGGACGUUCGCGAUGAUAAUCGAGUGCGCGUCGUAGUGAUGAACAACAGGAGCAGUGUGAUUACCGGUGGCGCGGUGGACGCGCAGGGCCGCGGUGGCGUGGCCGGCACGGACGCCAAGCCGCCGAUGGUGACGACGGCCGAGAGGACGUACGCGUCUACGGAGGCGCAGACGGACGCGAUGGCGUUUCCCGCGUUCCCGUCCACGUACAGGGAACAGCGGCGGCGGGAACGGCGGGAACGCCGGCAGCAACAGCGUCGCGUCCACCCGCCUCCGCCUCCGCCGCCCGCACUCUCAACCGCGUCGCUGCUGCCGCCGCCGCCGCAGUCCGCAAUCGCCGGCCUCACCAUGCCCUACGACCUGGACAGGCUGCCCGACCUGUUGCUCAAUUCGCACCUGCCGCCGCCGCUGUACACAACCGUGGGUGGCGGUGGCAGCGGCGGCGUCGGCAACGGCGAAGGUGGCAGCGUCGACGGCGUCUUGUGCGACAUGGCGGCGCGCGUGGCCAACUUGCAGGCGUCCCUGUUGCCCACCGUGUUCCAGCACCCCUCACAGCCAUCCGCCGGUCCCGUCGGGUCUUCCGCCGCGGUCAACUCGCCUGGCGGAUUCCGUUUGCCGUUCGGCAUCAUACCGGCAAGGAGACGAAGGUCGUUACACUAUUGCAGCGAAGAAGACACACCCAAAUCUUGCUGUGGUCUAUUGACGUUACCAGAUGCCACUAGUACCGUAUCCAUCAGGUGGUUCAUUGGUAUCGUGUUCAUAGCCGGAAUUUGUUCGGCGCUCGUGGGCACAGUUCUGGGUGCUACUAGGGCUUCCGGCAGGGAGCAUCUCACGGUCGCUUUACUCAUGAUUGGUGUUGGUGUCAUUCUAGUAGCCAUUAGUGGUAUUGCAUGGCGGUUGACGGCUGGCCAAGAAGCGUCUUCGUGCGGUGCAGUGUUCGGGUUAGGCCGAUCGCUGGACGACGCGGCCGAAGCCAAUCGACGAUUCGUACCUAGACUGCCGCCGUCUUACGGCCGACCCCAUCAUCCGUAUGCAGCGAUGAUGUAUCCGGAAUUCGAAUACCGAGCUCCGCCACCGUCUUAUCAGGCGUCCAUGCAAGAAUACCGACUGAGACUGUUGCUGUUGGACCGACAGACGAACAUGCCACCAGUCACGGCUUCACCACCGCCAACGUACAGGUCGCAACCAAGCACAUUGAUAAGAGGUCAAAACGUGUGUUGCCGCGGAGAUCCGGGUGAGUUGUACCUGUAUCAACCGACGACGCUGAUCAACCAUCACCAGUCAGCUGACUAUAGCGGUCCGCCCAGUUACCGAUCGCGGACCAGCACGUUGCGGCCGGGCUGUCAGUUGAUGGACCCGACGGCCGCGAUGGUGAUGGGCUCAACGACUGCGGUCAGCAGCCAUCAUAGCCGCAACCCGUCGCAGAUGAGCGCCAUGUCGGAGGCCGUUGGUGGUGGCGUCGGUGGUGACAUAUUGUCCGCGGUCGACAACAAAGUGCCGCCGCCGCCCGACGACGACGACAAUAAUGACGUGGUCGGAAGCGGCGUCACGGACAACGGUUGCGGAGACGACAACGUGCGCAACAUUGUAGUGGUGGACGAGAAGACGGCCGUGGCCGACCACAUCGACUGCAACCCGGUGACCAUCGUGCAGACCACGCCGGUGACCAACGCACCGGGCACGGUGAUCGUGACCGUGUCCAGUGCCAACAAUGACGCCACCAACGUGCGGUGCCGGGAAACCGAGAUGGAGAUCUUGGCCCACCUGUGAAACGCGGACCGUAGUCUUUCGCGGUCGGCUCGUCGUUCUCCUGACUCGUCCACUGCAGCUGUAAUCCUCUAUAUCACUACGUGUUUUUCAAAUAUACAAUGUUGUUCUGAAAAUUUGUAAAAUUAUUCCCCAACGUUAUUAUUAUUAUUAUUAUUAUUAUUAUUAUUACUAUUAAUGUAUUCUUAUUAGCGUAUAUUUCAGUCGAUUCCUUUUGUUUUGUACACGAUUUUCUAUAAACUAAUAGACGCCAUAAAGUUUUUUUUUUUUAAUAAAAUAAGUAAAAAACAUAACGUUCUCGAACGUUUCCAAUUAUCCGUAACACUUUGCACUGUAUGCAGCUUGCACCGACUAACGGUAAAUAUAUUAUGUUUUAUUUUUUCACGACUAAUUUGCUGGAAAAAAAAAACGAAUCAAUCGAGCCGUUUCUCUACUCCAUCGUCGUACAUCGCGUGUGCAUUUAUCUUCGACCGAACAGCAAUAAUCGUGCAACGAACGAGGUUUCACGUUUCUCAAGUGUCAUCCAACCGACGGGUAUUUAAAAUAUUUAUUGUGUACAAUUUUAACGAUUGUCCGCGUCGUUUUCGAUUCGACUCGCAAGACUCGUGAAUCACGUGUGAAAAAUAGUGAUUUUGCACCAAUGUAGUACGGUAUUGUUUAAAUCGUUUUUUUUUUUGCUCACGUUUUAUUCGUCCGUUUCCUAAUCUUAUAUCAUCGAAGCGGUUUUUUUAAUGAUGUAAAAAGUAAGCG